AAACUGACAGCAGGAAAACAUAUGCAAACGAAAAUUGCAGUUACCAGAGCUGCGAGACCACUUCCGUGUAAACAACUGGCGAGCCAUUGGUCUGGCAUCUCUUCUGAAAACAGAACAGCUGGAGCAACAACAAAAUGAGUCAAUGUCUACCAGUAAACGCGAAGAUGUCGAAAGCAAAGAAAGUUUUGGAUGAGGCCCGGGAAACGCAAAACCGGGAACUGGAUCUGGUGGAGAAGGGUCUCACCUCCUUCGAGGAGCUGCCCGGACUGUUCAACAUGUCCAAUAUCACCCGACUCACGCUGUCGCACAAUAAAAUCAGUGUCAUCAAUCCGGGAAUCGCGAAUCUGCUGAAUUUGGAGAUCCUGAACCUCUCGAACAACCAGCUAGCCGAGCUCCCGGUUUCGCUAUCGUCCAUGCCAAAGCUGCGCAUCCUGAAUGUGUCCAUUAAUCGACUGGUGAACUUACCGCGUGGCUUCGGGGCCUUUCCCGUGCUGGAGGUCCUCGAUUUGUCGUACAACAAUCUGAGCGAGCAGGUGCUGCCCGGCAACUUCUUUGGCAUGGAGACGCUGCGCGCCCUGUAUCUGGGCGACAACGACUUUGAGUAUAUACCCAAGGAGCUGGGCCAGCUGAAGAAUCUGCAGAUACUUGGCCUGCGGGACAACGACCUUUUGGAGCUGCCGCGGGAGAUUGGGGAGUUGGCGCGUCUGCGGGAGCUGCAUAUCCAAAACAACAGGUUGCAGGUCCUUCCGCCCGAGGUGGCUCAGCUGGAUCUGUUGAGCAACAAGUCGGUGAUGAAAAUGGAGGAGAAUCCCUGGGUGAAUCCGAUUGCCGAGCAGUAUCUUUUGGGCAUCAGUCACGUGAUUGAUUACCUCAAAACAGAGACCUACAAAAUCAUCUACAAUCGCCACAUGCAGGCCGGACGCAGCGGACCACCUCCACCGAAGGCCGACAAGAGCAAGAAGGCCUCUCGAAUACGCGCAUAGUUGGUGCAGCCCCAAAUGGCUUCGGCCAGCAGAGUCCUCUAACUAAAUUGUGUUCGACUCUUUCGUCGUUAACCAAAACCGUUUUUUGUAUACUAAUUUUUAAGUAUUUGUAACCUAUUGACCUACAGUGCCUUCAACAUUUUGCUAACUAAUAUUAAAAAUGAUUUAAAAAUGUA